CAUCAACACGGUGUGACGCACAUCCUUCGCGUUUCAGCACAGUGAUGCUAACGCUUAGCUAAGGUAACGGUGGGCGGUCUGUGUCGUAGAUCGUUGUUUGACUUCUUAUCUGCGGUGAAAUAGUCCUGGCCCACGUAGAAGACCUCGUUACAAUUUUCUCGUAUUUGUCUGGGAUGUAUGGAUGGAUAGUUGACGGAAUCUCGUCGCUGUUUGAGCCCAUUACGGGGCAAAACCCCACCGAGUGGCCCGGGAAAGGUAACGUUAGCCAGGAGGUACCCACGCGACCUGGCGUUAAAGCGGGAGCACAGCGGCAGGAGAGUCACGGCAGACCGGCUAAACGGAACUACCAGAGUGUUGAUGUUGCAGACAAUGUUUGCCAGAGUGACCCGGUAGAGGUGAAAAGACGCAAGCGAGAUGUAGUCAUCAGCUUUGUGAAGAAGACUGUGGCCGGGGUAGCAGGUCUGCUCAGGCUGCGAAACCCGCUGACCACCAGGCGUGAGAAGCCUAGAUAUUAUGAAGAGACACAGCCUGUCACUCUGAUGGGGAUAGAUGAGCUCCACACCUCAUGGUUGAACAAUACUGAAUGGAGAAUGGAUAAACCAGUGGGUGGAGUGAAUGAGAGGAGUGGCAAAAAUCCCUUUCAGGGAUCCUCACCUCCUUUAAUGAGGAAAUACAGUGGGACAGCGCUCUCUGCAGGCCUUGCGGACAGGGGGAAGGACAGGGAGAGGAGAGGCUCCCUUCAGCUGUUGCCCUCUAGGUCUGUUCUGAGAGUAGGAACCGCUAACCCUGACCCAGCCUGCAAUGGCUUUGGACACAGCCGCUGCUACAAGCCCAGUCUUACUGUGGAAGAGGCCAUAAAGCAGAAUAAUAAGGAGCACUACAGGCGCUUGCUGGAGAUGGUGACAGAAAAAUACAGCAAAAGUCAGCCACUACCUUUCAACCAAACAAAACCGCAAGAUGAGUCACUGUCACAGGGUGAUCACAAACCUGCUGCUUCAGGGAAAACCUUUGAACCAGUCCCCAGGAAGACGGCAUACACAGCUGCCCCGAGCAUGUUUACAUGGAGAAAUGCUUCUGCAACCAAGGACAGGUGGGGUGGCUUGACUUUCAGCAAGUCAGUCAACGGCAGCUUUGAGGAAACACAGUCUUUUAGAAAUGCAAAGAAACAGGCAGCGGAAUUGGACCUCUCUACAGAAGUAGCGACUCGCCUCAAUCUAGUGGACAGAGAGACUCCUGCUGUCUGUCUGUCUGACACACAUUCUGCACAUACAAGGCACAGUGAUGAGGACAUACCUAGGCUGACCAAGGAAAUGGCAGCAGAGGUGAGUGGUGCCCUGGCUCAGAGUGAUCCCAACCUUGUUCUAAGCGCAGCUUUCAAACUUCGCAUCACGCAGAGAGACCUGGCCACGCUGCAGGAAGGGGGCUGGCUCAACGAUGAGGUGAUGAACUUCUACCUGUCCCUGGUCGUAGAGCGGUGUUCUGGCCAAGCAGCAGGAUUGAGAGUCUACUCGUUUAGCACGUUCUUCUUCCCCAAGCUGCGGGGUGGAGGAGGCGGACAGGCUGGAGGACAUGCUGCCGUGAAGCGCUGGACCAAGGCUGUCGACCUCUUCCUGUACGACCUUAUCCUGGUCCCUCUGCAUCUUGGUGUCCACUGGGCAAUGGCUGUGAUAGAUUUUAAAUCAAAGACAGUGAAGUCAUAUGACUCGAUGGGCCAGAGGCAUGAUGACAUCUGUAGUCAAUUACUACUCUAUCUUAAAGAGGAGCACAAAGCAAAGAAAGGCAGAGAGCUCGACAGUGCCAAAUGGACUAUUGGAAGCUUGAGGGCAACUGAAAUUCCCCAGCAGAAAAAUGGCAGUGACUGUGGUGUUUUUGCCUGUAAAUACGCCGACUAUAUUGCAAAAGGAAUGCCUCUCACCUUCAAACAGUGCCACAUGCCCCUCUUCAGAAAGUUAAUGAUUUGGGAAAUCCUCAAUCAGAAGCUGCUAUAGAGGAUUGGAUCAAUCUCCUGUCCAUCAACCGCCUAACAAGAGAGACUUUCUCAAUGGGAGCAACAUCUCUGUACAGUAACUACAUGUUGAAAAAAAAGAAAUAAAUGGGCCAAAGAAGUGGACUGACAUCUAACCCAGUCUUGCUGUUCUGGUCUGGAGAAAUCAAACACUAGUCUUAAGAGUUAAUUAUGUCCCUUUUCCUAUCAGGGACAUAUUGAUGUUUUGUAAUCUCUGAGUUGUAAUUGGAGACAUUAUUAGGAUGUAAGAAGUGUAUGUCUUAUACAAGCUUUGGCACUACUGACUGAAUGGCUUUUUUUAUUGACUUUGGAUUGUUUCUGUUACUGUUUUGAAGUAUUGCCUGAAGUGCCUUCAGCCCUCUGACACUGAGCUCAACAUAGAGCAUGCUUUUGUUUUUUUUAUUUUCAACUCCAAGUCAGUUCUGAGGAGCUGGACUCAAAAUUCAUUAUUUCGAUUGUCAUAAUCAGUGAUAUUUUGGUGUAAUUUGGCUGUUCUCCUCCUGGUUAUGAUCAACAAAGUGGAUGGCAAAUAACUACAUUUAGUCUCUGUUUGACAUAUAGACUAUGAAAAUUAAAAUACCUCCUUUCCAUACAUUAAUGCAUGGUUGAGUGCUUGUAAUAUAACUUUUGCUAUUAUUUAUGAUGUGAUUGAAUGAGCAAGUGUAUUUGGAGUGUAUGUAUAGUUUGUUUUUCCUCCAUGAGUGGAGUGUUAAUAGUUGUUUGCCCAUAUGUAAUAAAGCGCUGUUAGGUCUGUGAAUCUUUUCCAUGAGCAUAAUGCAAGAGGCUACUUAGGGCUAUUACAAUGACUUACAGUGUAGUAUUCUGCAUAGCAAACUACUGUACACACAUGCAUGUUUGAGUUCAUGCUUUGAAAAUGUGAUUCUUUUUUUUC